CCCGCCAGUGCUGUAUUCCGUCUUCGAAAACGAGGCCCCUCUGUUAGUCCCAGGUUUCGGUGUGUGAGGCCUCUGGAGCCUCAACUCGGAUCGCCCGCGCAAUCGACACAUUCACGUCCUUUAGCUUUGGUGGAUUGAAGAGAUGAGUUAUGCCGCCUUUAAGAUGGUGCACUGCCCGACGGGCGUGGAUAAUUGUGUUGCAGCUUACGUGACGCACAGCGCAGGGGAGACAGACUCGGAUUCCAUUCCCCUCCCCGGCGCUGAUUUGAUUGCCUCUGGUGGUUACUGGGCAAGCACUCCUAAAGAUGCCUCAGGUGGGAGCGGUUUUCCUCCCAACUUAGUCAUUACCAAGGCAAAUGUGCUUGAAGUUUUUCAUGUGCGAUUGUUGGAAGGAGAUGACAGCGCCGCGAACGGUAGCAAUGGCGUUGGGAAUCCAGAAACGACGCCGAGGGGUGGUCUCAUGGCUGGCCUGUCUUAUGUCAAGCUUGAACUCGCCUGUCACUACAGGCUGCAUGGUAAUGUGGAGAGCUUGGGGGUACUAUCAUACAGACAUGCCGAAGGACGGAAGGGCCGAGAUGCGAUCAUCUUAACUUUUCGUGAUGCAAAGAUUUCAGUGUUGGAGUUUGAUGACUCUACUCAUGGACUUCGCAUUGGUUCACUUCAUUACUUCGAGGGCCCAGAGUGGCAGUAUCUGAAACGGGGUCGAGAGCAAUUUGCAAGCGGCCCCUCUGUUCGAGCUGAUCCUGUAGGCCGUUGUGCUGGUGUCUUGAUAUACAACUCUCAGCUGGUCCUUCUGAAAGCUGCACAGGUAGGUUACGGAUUGGGAGAUGAGGAUGAAAGUCUAAUCAUGGGUGGCAAGCUCUGUGCCCAUGUUGCGACUUCAUAUAUUGUGAGCUUGCGGGACUUGGAUAUGAAACACAUCAAAGACUUCGUGUUUCUUCAUGGUUAUAUUGAACCAGUCUUAGUGGUUUUACAUGAGAAGGAUCCCACAUGGGCUGGUCGUGUGGCAGUUAGGCGCCACACUUGUGCAAUUACUGCUCUCAGCAUCAAUACAACAUUAAAGCAGCAUCCUCACAUCUGGUCUGCCACUAAUCUUCCAUAUGAUGCAUAUAAGCUUCUAGCAGUUCCAGCACCUAUUGGUGGAGUUUUAGUUUUUUGCGCCAACUCCUUGCACUACCAUAGCCAGUCAGGUAGCUGUGCUCUGGGCUUGAAUGAAUUUGCUGUGGCACCCGAAGGAAGUGCCGAAUAUCCAAGAUCCAAAAUGUCAGUGGAACUUGAUUGUGCUCACGCCACAUGGGUAGCCAAUGAAGUUGCCUUGAUAUCGACUAAAAAUGGCAUGUUGCUAUUUCUUAAUCUCGUUUAUGAAGGAAGGUCUGUACAAAGACUAGAACUUACGAAGUCCAAGGCCUCUGUUCUGACUUCAUGCAUGUGCACCAUUGGAGAGAACUUUUUUUUUCUUGGAAGUCGGCUUGCAGAUAGUCUUCUUGUUCAACAUACUUUAGGGAGUGCAUCAGGACGGACUUCAAGCUUGAUGGUGAAAGCAGAGAGAGAGGAGGGUGAUAUCGAGGCAGAUCUUUCUGCUCCAGCUGCUAAGCGGUUGAAACGGGAACCUUCCGAAGAAGAAGAGGGAGUAAGUGCCGAAGAAAUGUCUUUAUACUAUUCUACACCGACCGCAUCUGAUAUUUCCCAGAAGAAAACAUUCACAUUUACAGUCCGAGAUUCGUUGGUAAAUAUUUGUCCCUUGAGAGAUUUUGCGUAUGGGCUGCGCUCAAACGCAGAUCAAAGCGCUACUGGUCUUGGCAAGCAGAGUAAUUAUGAACUGGUUGCAUGCUCUGGCCACGGAAAGAAUGGAAGUUUGUCUGUUUUGCAUCAGUCAAUUCGACCAGACCUCAUUAACAAGGUAGCGCUACCAGGAUGCUCUGGGAUCUGGACUGUAUAUCAUAAAACAGACAGAGAUGACUCAAAUGAGUUUGAUUUUGGUACCAGUGAAGAUGAUGAAUUUCAUGCAUAUCUUAUCAUCAGCUUGGAAUCACGAACUAUGGUUCUUGAAACAGGAGAUACUUUAGGAGAAGUGACUGAGAAUGUGGAAUAUUACACUGAGGGGAACACCAUUGCUGCUGGCAACUUGUUUGGCAGGCGUUUUGUGGUUCAAGUGUAUCAAAACGGUCUGCGGCUUCUUGAUGGAGCAAAAAUGUUGCAGGAGCUGCUGAUUACAAAUUCUGAACUCGAGAAUAAUUCUUCAGAAGUGGCAAAUAAUUUAGUUAUUGAGGCGGUUAUUGCUGAUCCAUAUAUGCUACUUAAGAUGACAGAUGGCAGUUUACAACUGGUUGUUGGAGAUGUUGAGAACACUAAGCUUUCUAUCCCUCAGCCUCAAGGCUUUGGUAUAACAACGGACGCAAUUACAGCUUUUACGCUUUACCAAGAUAAAGGCCCGCACCAAUGGUUGCGACGCACAUGCAGCGAGAUGAAUUCGGACAGAAGUCAGUGGUCUUCCACAUCUGAUCAGGGAUAUGUAUACUGCAUCGUCUGUCGGAUCAGCGGCAGAUUUGAAAUAUAUGAGCUGCCUCGUAUGGUUUGUGUGUAUGCUGUUGAUAAUUUCAACCAUGGAAUGUCCGUUCUCUGGGAUCAGAAAGUCCUUGAAAGACGAGCGAAUAGUAACGCAGCUUUGAAAGAAGGUGCAGAAGAAGACAAAGCACCCGGGGAUGCUCUGUUACGAGAUGCUGGUUUGAGUUUACACGUCUCUCAGAUUUGCUUCGAAAGUUGGGGGGAAAAGUUUGGACGCCCUUUCCUACUUGCAACUCUUUCAGAUGGGACUAUGCUUUGCUAUCAUGCCUUUUCAUAUGACGCCAAUGAAUCUAGUGAUGCACUGGAAUUCAGAGAGACCGCCACAAGUCUUAAGGAUUUGUCACGGCUUACACACUUGAGGUUUGCACGUAUACCGAUUGACUGGGUAAGUGGGCAAGAGGAUGGUGCCAAAGUGCUGUACGAAACAAAAUUUUGCUCUUUUAAGAAUGUAGGAUCCUUUCCGGGCGUCUUUGUGACAGGACUAAGGCCAACAUGGCUAAUGGUCUGUAGAGGAAGAUUACGUCCUCACCCUCAGUUUUGUGACGGAGCAAUAUUGGGUUUUACGCCUUUGCACAACGUCAAUUGUGCUCAUGGUUUUAUUUACAUUACAGCUCAGGGUCAAUUGAAAAUUUGCCAACUACCGUCACUUCUCUUCUACGACAAUGAUUGGCCAGUUCAGAAGAUCCCGCUCCGUGGUACUCCUCACCAGAUAACAUAUCAUUCAGAUGUCAAUUUGUAUGCCCUUAUUAUCUCCACACCUGUAUCACGGCCAACAUCUCAAGUGCUCAUGGGCGAUGGUCACCCCUUUGACCAGCAACAAGAGAAUUCUAUAGGAGAGGAUGGUCAGAGACUUGUGACAUCUGAGGAUUAUGAGGUCCGAAUUAUCGAACCAGCCCAACCAGGUGGUAAUUGGGAAGCUAAGGCCGCCAUCAAAAUGCAUCUGACUGAGAAUGCAUUGACUGUUCGCAUUGUUAGUAUUAAGAACAUCACAACAGAUCAGACACAGACCUUACUUGCUAUUGGUACAUCGUAUGUACAAGGGGAGGAUGUUGCUGCAAAAGGUCGGAUUAUACUUGUCUCUGUUGGGAAGGAUCCUCAAGACCCUGGCUCAUGGGCCAGGGAGGUAUACUCGAAGGAGCUUAAGGGCUCCAUCUCUGCAAUUGCAUCACUUCAAGGACAUCUGUUAAUUGCGAUCGGUCCUAAAAUUAUUUUGCACUCUUGGAACGGGUCUGAGCUGAAUGGUGCUGCCUUCUUUGAUGCUCCCUUGUAUGUUGUUAGCCUCAACAUAGUGAAAAACUUCAUUUUAUUUGGAGAUAUACAUAAGAGCAUUUACUUCUUAUGUUGGAAAGAGGAUGGUGCACAGCUCACUCUGCUGGCAAAAGAUUUCGGUUCAUUAGAUUGCUACGCAACAGAGUUUCUCAUUGAUGGAAGCACGCUCAGUCUCCUAGUGUCAGAUAGCCGGAAAAACUUGCAGAUAUUCUCGUAUGCCCCCAAAAGUAUGGAGAGUUGGAAGGGGCAGAAGUUACUUUCCAGAGCUGAGUUCCAUCUGGGCGCUCACGUUAACAAGUUCCACCGCCUACAGAUGCUUCCUACCCCUGGCAGUGCUCGAUCAAAUAGAUACGCUGUUCUCUUCGGCACUCUUGAUGGGGCUAUCGACUACUUAGCGCCACUUGACGAAUUGACAUUUCGAAGACUGCACACGUUGCAGAGGAAGUUAGUAGACUGUGUAUCUCAUGUUGCAGGAGUGAACCCACGAGCAUUCAGGCAGUUUCGGUGUGAUGGAAAAGCCCAUAGACCUGGGCCAGAUAAUAUCGUCGACUGCGAGCUACUGAGUCAUUAUGACAUGCUGCCUCUUGACGAGCAACUCGAAAUUGCUCGACAAAUAGGAACCACUCGAGCACAUGUGCUAUCAAAUCUACGUGAUCUUGCGUUGAGUACUAGUUUCUUGUAACGCAGUUCACGAUCUUGAUUGUUAACCAAUCACAGAUGUAUCACGCAUUACCUCACUAGGAAAUUCGAAUCAUUGACUCGUACAUAGUAGACGUACAGUUUCGGGAUUUUGAAAUUACACGGAGCUGCGAUGGCCUCCAUUGGAUCAGGAUAAUUUCCGCUCGGACCUACAAAUUUGCAGUCAUCGGGUGUUCUGGUUAUGCUCAUUAUCAUCAUCCAAAUCUUCAUAGCAACCUGUGCAUGCGUUAAA